GAAUCCCAAAGUGGCAUUUUGCGUAAUUUUCCGACAGAUUCUACCUCUUUUAGUAACUUCUCCGUUUUCCUCCAGCCAUCGGAGAUCACCAAUCAGAUUCCUAUAAAUAAACCUUGCCCUAACUUUACCCAUUUUGCCAUCCCAAAUUAAAUCCGUCUCGAUUUCUCUCGUUUUUUAGCUAAAAUUCCUUCAAAUCUUUCGUUGUUGUUUCUUCAAUUCGAUUCUCACCCGUUUAUUGGUUUUCUCCUCUUUCAUUUGAUCCUUAUUUCACCCAUUCCCGUGUCUUGAAUUCGAUUCUAGGGUUAGGGUUUUGAAAAUUCUUCGAUUUCAAAAGGGCGUUUCUUUGAUCUGUACAUUUUGAUUUUGGAUUUUCUUUUUAUCGAUUCAAUUUCUCCUGGGUAGUUCGAAUUUUUCUGGUUAUUCUUAAAUCUCUAAACUUUAUAGUGAUUCUUUUAUUCCCAAGUAUCUCUUUUUUAUUCCUUUUAUUUUUCCCGUGUAAAAUAGCUAAAAAUAGUAAAGUUUCUAAUUCUAUACCUUUAUUUCUUGCAAAUCAGUGUUUAAUUAUUUUAAGAAGCAUAAUUUUUAUUUAUCCAGUUUUUUAAUUUUAUUUACUAUUUCCUGGUUCUUUUAAAUUUCUCAACUGAUUGGUCAACGAAUUCUCAGGUAAUAACAAGUCCAUUUAGCUCAAUUAUGCAAAAUAUAGACUUGCAUUUUAUUUUCAACUCUAAUUAAUAGUUUAAAAGAUUUUUUCUUUUGUAAUUAAUUCAUUUAAAUGCGAUUUCAUGCUUUUUUAGCUGUUGGGUACUUUGAUAGUUAAAAAAAUACAGUGAUAAAAAUGCUAAUUAAAAUGGUUAAUAUUUGAAUGUUGGUUUUUAACAAUAUCGUUUUUUGGAUUAGGUCUUAAAGAGAAAAAAGGAAAAUGGUAUAUAGUAAUCUUGAAAUCUAGGAAAAAUAAAGGUUUGAUUCUUUAUAUCAGUGGAAAAGUUUAAAAUUAAAAUUUUCUGUGGUGUUAAUUUGGCUUUUGCCUUGGUUUUUUUUUCUUUUUCACUUUUGAAAUCUAGCAUGAUAUGCUAACUGUUUAUAUUUUGAUUCUCUGUAAUUUGGCAUGUUUACAUUUUUCCUGUUUUCGUUUGUCUUCAAGGCUUGCAGCCUGCUCUUAUUAUAAAAUGCAAAGCUGCUUCUUCUUCCUUUUCUUUUUUUAAUCUUUGUUUGGUAUUAUUUAUAAUUUGACUCUUGUCUGCAAGAUAGGUUCUUUUUUGUAAGUGCUGGAUAUGUUCUUCCUCACUGCCAUUUAAAGUUGUGGGUGUACAACUCAAGUUAACUCGGUUGACUCUUAACAACUAUGUGAAUACUUUUCCUUCAUUCUUCCAAUCUAGGCUGCAUUCCUUGAAGGAUAUAGAAAAGCGAAGUCCUUUCUUAUACAAAUCUUCUGGUGCAUAAACUUUUAUGCUCUAAAAUAUGAUUACUUAUUACUUGCAGGUUAAAAUGAUUCAUAAACGUCCUUAUGUUGAUGACUCUCAAAGGGUUGUUUGUAAGCAUCCAAGGCAAUGGGAAAAUACCAGCUGCUUUGCUUCAGUUGUCAAUGGUGUUCAUCCUAAUGGUGCUCUCCACAACCAUCAAAUUUCUGGUAAAUGGGAGGACAUUUACAGUAAAUGCCAAGAUGAAGGUAGGUUUGAUGAGGAUCCAUGCAACAAAGUGAUAAGUGGAGCCAAUAAGGAAUUUGAAACUAGUGCUUCUUGUUCUGUUCCUCAUUUUUGGUGGGUAAACAGCAAUGGCAUAGAUGCAGAUACUGAGCCAGAGGUGGCAGUUCAUCUUCCAUUGUUUCCUGAAUAUUUUGCAUCUGGACAUCAAAUUAGGGCUUUUCUUCAUGCUGAUGAGAUCUAUUCAUCUAUUCUUUCUCCUCAAAAGCGAGUUUCUAUUGGACCAGAGCAUCAAGCUGAUAUUCCAGAAUGGAGGCAACAGGGUCUGAAGAGCUCUUCAGAUUGUCUAGAUGCAUCGGAUCCCCAAGUUCCCCUUAAAUCAUCAUGUGCAAGCCUUAUGGGUGAUGAUGAUGAUCAUCAGAAGAAGAUGAUGGGUACUUGUGUCAUUCCAAUGCCUGAUUCUGAAACAACUGCAAAGUUUUGCCGUGAAGAUGUGGGACACAGAAUUGAUUGUGAGUGCCUUGAUCAGGGUUCUAUCAGAUGCAUUAGACAACAUGUGACAGAAGCAAGAGAGAAACUAAGGAAGAACCUUGGGCCGGAAAUAUUUGAGGAGUUGGGUUUCUGUGAUAUAGGGGAGGAACUUGCAAAAAGAUGGACUGAAGAGGAAGAGCUAGCAUUUCAAAAUGUUGUCUUUUCUUACCCUGUGUCAUUGGGUAAGAAUUUCUGGGAUCAUCUCCCUGCAGUUUUCCCUUCCCAUAGCAAGAGGGACCUUGUCAGUUAUUAUUUUAAUGUCUUUGUGCUUAGAAAACGUGCUGAGCAGAAUCAAUUUGACCCUGUAAAUAUUGAUAGUGACAAUGAUGAGUGGCAGACAGCUGAGUGUGGAAUUCCUGCAGAUGAUGAUGACUCUGUUGUGGAAUCUCCAACUGAUCAAGGAACUUCUGCUCAUUUUGAACACAACCAUGUGGAAGAUUGCCAUGAGCAUAUUGAGGAUGACGAUGAGGAUGGGGUUGAUUCUUCCGGAAAUGUUGUUGCUGAUAUUUGUAGAGCUGCAACUUAUGAAGAAGAUGAGGGAGAUAUAGAUGAGAUUUCAGUACAUGUUGAAAGUUUCAUUGGUAAUUGUGAUAGCUGUGACUUUCAGCUUUCAAGUAAGGUUCAGGGGAAU